AUGAUUUAAUCAGAAGUAAAUUGUUUGUGAAACAGUGAACAGUUCGUUGUUAAAAAUGGCUUUGCGUUGGGGUAUUUCGUGUGCCGGCUUGAUUGCCAACGAUUUUGUUAACGCUUUGUUAACAUUAAAUCCGGACGAUCAUCAAAUUGUUGCUGUUGGUUGUCAUGAUUUGAAAGAGUCUGAAAAACUUAAGACAAAAUUUGAUAUACCAAACGCAUACGGAAGUUACUUGGAAUUGGCACAAGAUCCAAACGUUGAAAUUGCAUACGUUGGAACAUUAAAUCCAUGGCAUUUUGAAGUAUCGAAAUUGAUGCUUGAACACGGCAAACACGUGUUAUGUGAAAAGCCGUGUGGCAUGAACUCAAAACAAGUCGAACAAUUGGUGGCACUUGCCAAAGAAAAAAAUGUAUUUUUUAUGGAAGGCCUUUGGAUUCGAUUUUUUCCAAGCUACCAACAUGUUCGUAAACAAAUUCGAAACGGUCAGCUCGGUGAAAUUUUAGCAGUGAAAGCUGAAUUUGGUCUUAAGGACUUGGUCAAAGUCGAUCGUCUUUCAAAAAAAUCAAUGGGUGGUGGAACAAUUCUUGAUAUGGGAGUUUAUACGAUCCAAGCGUGUCAAUGGGUAUUGGAAGAAGAGCCAAAAUCGAUCAAAGCGAAGGGAAUUCUCAACGAAGAAGGUGUUGACAUCGAAAUGAGUGCUGAACUCGAUUAUGGAGACAACAAGAGAGUUCAAAUCAACACAAGCGCAUUAAAUCAGUACAGCAACUCUGUAGUGAUCGUCGGAACAAAAGGACAAAUUACGAUUAAUGAAAUCUUUUGCUCAACAAGAAUUAUCGAUCUCGAUGGAAAAGAAAAACAUUGGCCAUUGCCAAAGGCCAAAUUCGAUUUCCACUAUCCAAAUAGCUGUGGCUUGCGUUACGAAGCUGACGAAGUUCGCAAGGCCAUUCGUACUGGCAAAAAGGAACACGAAAACGUACCACACAGCGACAGUUUAGGAAUUGCUCGUAUUCAAGAUGAACUUCGUCGACAACUCGGUGUCCAUUACGAAGGACAUGACGAUUAAAUUUCAUAUUAUUAAGUUUUUUACCCAAUAAUAAUUCAAUUAUUAUUAAAUAAACAAUAUUUCUUUUAUUGCAA